AUAAUAUCCCCCCCCCCCGCAUGCCUCGUCUUCUCGCCGCUUGCAGCGCCCUCCUGCUGCUGACCGCUCAGGUCACCGCCGACAACUGGCCCUUCCAAGGAUACCGCACCGCCCCUUUCCUCCCCCCGAAAGUCAAAGUCACCAAGUCGGGCCCGACCGACCCCGGCUACAUCUUCAUCGGCCCCCGCGGCAACCAGCAGCAAGGGACCGCCGCCCUCAUCUACGACGAGGAUGGCGGUCUCAUCUACCAGGGCCCCGAGGAGGUCACCGCCAACUUCAAGGUCCAGAAGCUCUUCAACGAGGAUGUCAUCACCUUCUGGGCCGGCAACAUGAUGGACCUGGGCUUCGGCUACGGCACCGUCCACAUCCUCGACAACACCUACACCGAGAUCUACACCGUCACCCUCCAGGACCACUUCAUCUCCCCCGAUGGCCUCCCCCGCGACUCCUACAUCGACCUGCACGAGAGUCACGUCACCGACCGCAACACCCUGCUCGUCACCGCCUACAACAUCACCCAGCACGACCUGUCCGCCAUCGGCGGCACCCCCGACGACUACAUGCUCGACGGCAUGUUCUUCGAGAUCGACAUCGCCACCAACGAGAUCGUCUACUCCUGGAGCGUGCUGGACCACCUCGCCGACAUCCCCAUCGAGGGCUCCAAGCAGGGCUUGGGCGAGGAGUACGGCACCCCGCAGAAGCCGUGGGACGCCUACCACAUCAACUCGGUCGAGCGCAUGAACGAGGGCUACAUCAUCUCGCUGCGCCACUACUGGUCCGGCUUCUACAUCCACAACAACGGGACCGUCAUGUGGCGGCUGAGCGGCGAAGAAGAGGUCGGCGACUUCGAGCUGGACGACCAUGCGGUCUUCUCGUGGCAGCAUGACAUCCGGGUCUACAAUCAGACGGACGAGGGCAUGGUGGUCGACCUGUUCAACAACGCCAACACGCCCACGGACGUUGUUGCGGCCACCACGGGGCUGAGCCUGUACGUCGACCUGGUCAACCGCAAAGUGUCGACGCUGCGCACCAUGAUGGACCGGGACGACGUCAUCCACAGCGUCAGCCAGGGCAGCUACCAGCUGCUGAGCCCGCAGACGUCGCACGUGUUCAUGGGCUACGGGUCGAUCGCGCGGGUCAAGGAGUACGACGCGGACAACAAGGAGGUGCUGACGGUGCAGUUCGGCGACGACAACGCGGUGGCGUCCUACCGGGGCUACAAGUGCCAGUGGAAGGCGACGCCGUUCUGGAAGCCGGCCAUCGCCAUUUUCCGCACGGCGUCCGACUCGGCCACGCUGUUCAUGAGCUGGAACGGCGCCACCGAGUACGACAACUGGGCCAUCUAUUCCGCCCCGACGGUGGACGCGCCCAACCCGACCUUCGUGACCGCCGUCAAGCGCGACGGCUUCGAGACCACGGCGCAUGUGACUGGCCUGCGCACGUCGUACCUGCAGGUCGUGGCCCGCAAGGGUAACAUCCCACUGGGGUCGUCAGUGAUGGCGUACUUCUAGCCAGCCAGCCCUUGCUCUACCCCUCUACUAUAGCACCCCUCUCGCAUCAUCACGGCGUUAGGUGCAACCGCGGAGUCCGUGCAUGACGUGCACCUUCUUGUAUAUAUUGAUUGACGUUUUGUGUAAAUACUGCGUUUCACGGAGAUACCAUGUGAUAGAAUAGACUAUGCAUUGCCC